AUGUUGGCCCUAAGUUUGCUGAUCGUCACCUCGUUCAGCACCGCGGAGGCGAGCUUGUUCGCCAACGUCACGGGGGACAUCAUUUUGGGCGGUCUCUUUCCGAUUCACAGGAAGGGCUCGGGCUCGAAGCCCUGCGGCAAAAUACAGAUGGAGGACGGAAUCCAGCCGCUGGAAGCGAUGCUGUACGCGGUAGGACAAAUAAACGGCAAUCCUGAUAUUUUGCCUGGGGUACGGCUGGGCGUGCUGGCGUACGAUUCCUGCGAUAACCCAAGUUACGCCCUCGAACAGACUCUUAAUUUUGUCAAAGGUUUCAUAGCUCACGUAAACGAGCACCAUAAGCCAGAGUUCCAGUGCACGGACGGUAGCCUGCCCAAGUACCGAGGCGGCGAUUUCGAUCGAGUGGUCGCGGUUUUGGCCGAGCAGUCAAGCUCCGUCACCAUACAGGUGGCUGCGUUGCUGCGGAUGUUCGCGAUGCCGCAGAUCUCGUACAUGUCGACGACGCCAUCGCUGAGCAGCAGAGACCGCUACCCGCAUUUCUUCAGGACGGUGCCGAACGACGUCAACCAGGCGCACGCGAUGCUCGAGAUCCUCAGGGAGUACCGAUGGACGUACGUGUCGCUCAUCUACUCGAACACCGAGUACGGCGUCAACGGCUACGAGACCCUGCUCUCGUUGGCCAGCAGUUACAAGGUGUGCUUCACUUCGCCCCAGCGCGUCGACAAGGACGCCUUCGGGCCCCAAGACUACGACAAGGUGAUCAACUUUAUCCGAAAAAAGACCAACGUCAGAGUCGUAGUGCUGUUCGCCGAGAAGGUGUCGUCCCUGCGCGUGAUGGACGCGGCUCGACGGCUAAAGCUCGGCUCGUACUUCGUGUGGAUCGGCAGCGACGCGUGGUCGACCAACAACCGCCGCGACUUUUUGAACCCGCAGCCCAGCCGGCGAAAAGACCCGGACAAGCAGGUGGUGCUGGAGGGCGCCCUUGCGGUGCAGCCGCUCUCGCACAACGUGUUCGGCUUCGACGAGUACAUCGGGAGCCUGGGUCUCGAGCACGAGGCCGUCGACCCGUGGUUCCGCGAGUUCUGGCACGAGUACCACAAGUGCGACGACACCAACCCCACCGUCGUGGACGAGGACUACGACGAGUCGGCGCCGAGGGUGUCCCAGGAGACGGGCUUCAAGCAGAACAAGUUCGCCCACUUUGUGCGGGAUGCCGUGUACGCGGUGGCUAACGCGCUCCACAACCUGUACGUCGACAGGUGCGGCAGGGGCCAUCGGGGCAUGUGCCAAGCCAUGCGGCACAUCGACGGCAGUACCCUCAUUGGUUAUCUGGCCAAUGUUACCUUCAAAGACGAAGCGAACAACAUGUUCAGAUUCAUAAACGGCACGGAUGGUCCGCCGAGGUACACGAUACUCAAUUACCAGAGGAGCACCAACGGCUCCUACCACUGGCACGUCGUCGGCAACUACACGCAAAAGGAAGACGGCACGUCGAAACUCGUGCUGAACAAGGAGAAGCUAAAGUACCGUGGGACGGAGGUGAACGGUUUUCCAAGCUCGAGAUGCCAAGAGCCGUGCAAGCCCACCCAGAUAAUGAUCCGGGAAAAAUUGGACACGUGUUGCGGGCACUGUCGCAACUGCGGCAUCUACCAGUACAAGGUCGGCGAGCACACCUGCGAGGACUGCCCCCGGGGUUUCCGCCCGACAAAGGAUAAGCUCAAGUGUUCGCCCAUACCCGAGGAGUUUGUCGACCUCACCAGCCCAUGGGCGCUCUCAGCUGUGGCUGCUGCUGUCGUUGGCAUUCUACUAACGAGUUUCGCGCUGAGCGUGUUCUGGCUGUACCAAACCACGCCGAUCAUCAAAGCCGCGGGCCGGGAAUUGUCGUACGUGCUGCUGUUUGGGACUUUUUCCUCGUUUCUCAUGACGUUUGCCAUUAUACGGCAACCGGAUUCGGAGACCUGUGCCAUCACGAGGUUCGGCAUCGGAUUGUGCUGCACCCUUUGCUACGCGGCUCUCGUUACCAAGACCAACAGGAUAUACCGGAUAUUCAACAACGUGACCAACAGUCCCCGCAAGCCGAGGUUCACGAGUCCGGAGUCACAAUUGCUGAUAACGUUUCUGAUAACAUCACCCGAGCUUGCGAUAAACGCCAUCUGGCUGAAAAAAGCUCCGGCAGAGGUCGUCAACAGUUACCCAACGCGGGACAGAAAUUACAAAAUCUGCAAGGGAUUCGACGACAGUUCUUACAUGAUCGGAUUCAUCUAUCCGAUAUUUUUGACUUUUUUAUGCAGCCUCUACGCUGUGAAGACGCGCAAGUGUCCCGAGGGAUUCAACGAGGCCCGUUACAUAGCCUUCACCAAUUACACGACGAUGCUCUUGUGGAUGGCCUUUGUUCCUUUGUAUUUGUCGUCCACGAGCAACGCCAUUCGAGCAGUGAUGCUUGCCUUGUCUCUGUCGCUCGGUGCUUUCGUCCAAUUGGCCUGUCUUUUUUUCCCAAAGAUCUAUAUUGUGCUCAGAAAACCCGAGAAAAAUACCAAACAGUUGGUAAUGUCUACCCAUCGGAACUCGUCGUAUCUGCCGACAUCGACCACGCCGAUUGUUGCGACCGUGGAAAAGAGUAAGAUCGAGUGUUAA